CUCUUUCUUCACCAUCAAUAUUGCCGGUGUUAUCAUAAUACCCCGAAGGGGGGGAAAUGGGCCGGGGGAUGUAGGCGGUGCUGAAAUGGCAGGCUUUGAAGAACCUGCAGGCAAAGUUUCGUCCAAUCGUCUGAGCCUGUCCUCUUAUUCCUGGUUGUAACUAAAUACUGCUGCAAGCGCAGCUGAAGCCCUUUGUUGGAGAUGUGUGAGCGCAGUCUCUACAGAGCGGGGUAUGUGGGCUCCCUUCUGAAUCUGCAGUCGCCUGACUCCUUCUACUUCCCCAACCUGCGACCGAAUGGAGGCCAGUUGGCCGCACUGCCCCCCAUCUCAUACUCGCGGGGCACGCUGCCCUGGGCCACCACUCCCGCCUCCUGCGCCCCGGCGCAGCCUGCCGGUGCCACUGCCUUUGCCAGCUUCUCGCAGCCCUACCUGACCGGCUCUGGGCCUCUGGGUCUGCAGCCCUUGGGCCCCAAGGAUGGACCCGAGGAGCAAGCUAAAUUCUAUACGCCCGAUGCAACUGCCGGGCCAGAGGAGCGAGGCCGUGCACGGCUCCCCUUCGCUCCUGAGGCCAGUCUGGGCCCCCCAGCAGCCAUCAAAGCCGCCAAGUACGACUAUGCGGGUGCAGGCCGGGCCGCGCCAGGCUCCAAUGCCCUGCUGGAGGGAAGCCCGUGCACCGCCAGUUUUAAGGAUGAUGCCAAGUGCCCGCUCAACUUGAACAUGACAGUGCAAGCGGCGGGCGUAGCCUCUUGCCUGCGACCAUCGCUGCCCGACGGCCUGCCUUGGGGGGCAGCCCCUGGGAGAGCUCGCAAGAAGCGGAAACCCUACACCAAGCAGCAGAUUGCAGAGCUGGAGAAUGAAUUCCUUCUCAACGAAUUCAUCAAUCGGCAGAAGCGCAAGGAAUUGUCCAACAGGCUGAACCUCAGCGACCAGCAAGUCAAGAUCUGGUUCCAGAACCGGAGGAUGAAGAAGAAGAGGGUGGUGCUCCGAGAACAGGCCUUGGCGCUGUAUUAGCUGCAGGCGUGGCUGCCACCCCUGCAGCCUGAAGUUGUUGAGCAGAGGCCUGGUGUGGAGAGAGCUGGGACUGGGGCUUUCCCUACUGCUCCUGCCCAGCUGGUCCCAGGUACUCCCUCUGCUCAGUGUGCAUCCCCAGAGUGCACACUGAGCCUUGGCCCAUUGGACCUCUGUUUUGUUUUUGGCUCUUUCCCCCAGAAGGAUAUGCAAACAUGCAGCACAACCUUGACCUUGAGGCUCUCUAGCAGGGGCCUAGGGUCACCGCUCCUAGCUCUUAGUUGGGGUACUGACAACUGGGGCCCUCUAACUCCCUCCUACUUGGAUAUUUCUUCUUCACCAGGUUAGUCGCUCUUUCCCCCUCUCUCCAACCUUUCUCUCGCAGUGAGCAGGCCCCCCACUAGAGCUCAGAAUGAGCGUGAAUUUGACAGAGCCUAGGAUCAGGUAGAAGUGGGUGUGGGCACAAGUCUCUCUCUUUCCAACAAAGCCUCUGUGGAAAAGCCAGAAUCUCUACUCUGGAGGGAGGAAAGAGUGCCAUCACACACCUACCCCCUUGUCUGCCCUGGCUGGUUUUGGAGGACAAAGGCCACCCUAGACCUUCAGACUUUAGGAGGGAAAGGAGGGGUAGGAGAGGAUGUGGGGACAGAGUUGGAGACAUCUCUGUGUUUAUGCUAGGCUGACUCUCCCACCUAGGCAGAGUGGACUGACUAGCUCUUUCUGAGUCUAGGGCAAGGGAGGCUGGGCUUGCCUGCAACAGCAAUCUUGGAACAAGAGUGGUUGAAAACAAACCCUGUUUUUGCCUGACAUAGACUAGGUUAGAGCCCUGUAACAGGGCCCCCUCUGAGCAGAGCUCAGGUGAGGAGAGCUGUGGGUCUGUUUUGAGGCUUGCCUGCUCUUGAAUGAGGGAGAAAUAUGGGGGUGGGGGGGGCAAAUAAGCACAGAGAUGGUUUCCCACCUUCCAGUAAGGCUUUCUUGUUAAAGCGAGUAAAGGCCUUGAAGUAUCUUUCUUUGAAUUAUGGUGAAGGCUCACCACAGAGAGAGGGGAAGGCUCCCCCCAGGAGUCAGACAGCAAGAGAGGAGGUACCCCAGGCCCUCAGUCCCUGGCCAUUGCUCUUGACCAAGCAGAGAGGGAGCUGAAGUUUCACUGCUCUCCACCUCUGUACUACCUGAUGGCAACUUUACAGGAGGCCCAACUGCAGAAUGAAGUAUGUGGGGCCCUGUGCCCUGUUCCCUGGCCAGCCUUGCUUUGUGAUGCCAGGUUCCUCAGUGCCAGCUGGAACUGUUCUGGGUGUAGAGGAGUGUCCAGUUUUAACAGCAGUGAACCCGAGGGGGUCUCCACAUCCUGACUACCAUUUCUGUCUGUGUCUUUCCCCUCUUUUGAUGUCUAGCACCCCCACCCCCACACUCCAAUUCUUAGUGGGAUGCAAGACAGCAAAAGAGUUGAAGAUUCCUUUCCAAAGUCCAGUGAUUUAUUUCCGCUGAAGGAUCAAGGUCCUAGAUGAGGAGUGGGCACCUCACAGGGUGAACCUCAACUCAUCUGGCUUCAAUUGAUGUUUAGACUAAUUGUAUUUCCUCUGCUAUAUAUUAAUUGUCAUGUAUGUUUUAUUUUGUUUUAAUUCUGUAAAAAAAAUAGCUUGUAUAUAUCAGGCGCAUUGAAAUGUUUUGAGUGGAAAUAAAUAUCCAUAUCCCAGUCAAGCUGUUAAGGGACUAAUGCAGAUUUUUCAAAA